UGUUUACCUCUUUUAACGCACGUGCGACGAUCAUUUUGCUAAAUUUCUUGAUUAAUUGAAGAAUUUGGAGCAUAAAAGAUGCCGCCCAUUGCCCAGGAGGGCAAUUGCCUGAUUUACCGCGGCAGCAACUUCCUCAAGCAGCGCCUAAUCCUCGCCUGCCUGUCCGGCAAACCGGUGAAGAUCAGCCAAAUCCGUUCGGAGGACGAAACGGCACCCGGUCUGCGGGAAUACGAGAUAAGUUUAAUUCGCCUGUUUGACAAAAUCACCAAUGGAACCAAGAUCGAAUUGAAUCCCGCCGGCACGAGUGUCAUGUUCUCACCAGGAUUACUGCAUGGCGGUCAGAUUCAUCAUGAUUGCUGUGUCCAGCGUGGCAUUGGUUACUAUCUGGACGCCCUAAUAGCCUUGGGCCCAUUUUGCAAGAGUCCGCUACAGUGCACCCUGCGCGGUGUGACCAACAGCAAGGACUCGCCAUCCGUGGACCACAUCAAGGGUGCAGCCUUAUCCCUGCUCAAGCGAUUCCUCCUAGUCGACGAGGGCCUCGAACUCAAGGUUGUGCGCCGAGGAGUUGCUCCGCUGGGCGGCGGAGAGAUCACCUUUAGGUGUCCGGUGCGAAAGAGCCUGCGAGCCAUUCAAUUCCAGUCACAGGGCAUGGUUAAACGGAUCCGGGGCACUGUUUAUGCCUGCAAAGUGUCUCCGGCGCUGGCCAAUCGCACCGUGGAGGCGGCUAAGGGAUGUAUGCUAAAGUUCCUGCCGGAUGUCUAUAUCUACACAGACCAGAACAAGGGCAAGAUGUCUGGUAAUUCGCCCGGCUUUGGCAUCUGUCUGAUUGCAGAGACAACGGACGGUGUGUGCUUCGCCGCCGAUUGCUGUUCCAAUACAAGGGAGGAGUCGGACGAUACACCCUCCAUACCCGAGAAUAUGGGCAAGGAGGUGGCCCUGCGUUUGCUGGACGAGAUUUAUCGAGGUGGCUGUGUGGACUCCAGCUAUCAAUGGCUGGCGGCGCUCUAUAUAGCACUGGGCCAAAAGCAUGUCUCCAAAUUCCUCACCGGUGCCCUGUCCAAUUACACCGUACACUUUCUGCAACAUCUGCGCGACUUCUUCUCGAUCACCUUCAAGCUGGAGAAUCCCGAGGCGGAGGACGAGGACGAGGCGGAGGAUGUGCGUGGUGCCCAGAAGGUCCUUAUGGCAUGUGUUGGAAUUGGCUACACAAACAUAAAUAAGCGUGUUACAUAACAUGUUCUCUAGGCUAAACUUUGUAAGAAUAAACAUAUAUUUUUUUAUAACAUAUUA